CGCCGCACGCCUCCCACUUUAAAAACCCACUGCUGUAAAAAGAUGCAGGCACUUUUAUAAUGGCCCUUGCAUGGGUGCAAUUGUUUCUCCUAGCAGGAUUACUUGCAAUCCCAAAGACAACGCGGUCGUUGAACGUCUCUGAAAAAUGUGUGAUGGACACCGGCACUUUCCUACGGGAAAUCAACCAGGGCAAUCCUAAGGAAUACGCCGUUCUCAUGUAUGACGCCUUUGGGAAGCUGGGUAGCAACGUCAAAGGAGGUAAUACCAACCGGCCGGGCCUGCUGCAGCAGUGCCACUCUGCCCACGGUCCUUCCUUCUCUGGACAGUACUGCCAAGUGUUCCUCAAGCAGGGAGCCAUUCAGUAUUUUGUGGGUAUCUGUGUCCCAGACUCUUGUAAUGAAGAGGAAGUGCAAACCAUGGUGCUAUACGAUAGAUUUAAGCUUGGACACGCAUCCCUGAUCCCUCCAUUCCCUUCUAUUCUGGUGAAUGAGUCCACUCAGGAGAUGUUUAUGGCUCACUGCUUGUCAGACACCGUAGCCCCCGACGCAUCGGAUGUCACCUGCCUGUUUGUAUGUUGCACAAUGCUGGCGAUUCCUCUUGCCGCCACCCUGUUCUCAGCUACAGUGAGGUGGCGUCAGGACCGGGACGUGACGCCAACAACCGAGUCUGCUUGUUUAAACGACGUACUCAACCAGUACGGCACCGUGAAGACCAACAGGUCUACGGCCAGCGAAAUAAAUGGGAGUACAACGGAGGUAAACGACAGCGCCAGGUGUGGAUCGCCACGUUUUCCCAAAAGCUGCGUCUCUCAGUGCCUCCGGGCCUUCUCCCUUCAGACGACUUGCCGGGGUAUCUUCGGCACAUCUUCCGGUUUCCCCGACGGCGGCUACUCCUCCUUGAACGGCAUCCGCAUCCUCAGCCUGUUGUGGAUCGUGUGCGGACAUUCCGCACAGUUCCCCGUCAUAAACAACCUUGAUAACUACAAAGACUGGAAGAAAACGGUAGAAAGAAGCCCUCUGUAUGCGUUUUCUCUCAGUGGACCAGUUUUUAUGGCUGUGGACACCUUCCUCCUGCUUGGGGGUCUACUUAGCGCCAGGUCUCUACUGGUGUCCAUCCAAAGAGCUGAAGACAAGCUGAGUGCGGGUCUCGUGGUGGGCUUCCUCUUCAGGAGGUUCAAAAGGAUCCAGCCGCUGCAUAUCUUUGUCAUGUGUCUCACCGUUGGCCUUAUCUCGCUGGUUCACUGGGGUCCUUACUGGUUUCCGUUCAUAGACAACUUGAUGGAUUGUAAGGCAUACUGGUGGGGGAACCUGCUGCUGAUUAGCAACCUGCUCCCAGUCCAUGAGAUAUGUGUUCCUUGGACGUGGUACCUCUCUUUGGACUUCCAGUGUUACGCCACCACUCCGAUACUGGUCUAUUUCUACAGAUUGAAUAAAGCCGCCUUUGCAGCUCUGGCAGGAGGCCUUCUGUUGAUGACCACGUUGGCCGCUUCACUCGUCACGGGACUCCUGCGGUUGCCCGUCUUCCAACCGUCUACGCUUCAUUUAUUUUCCAGCACGUCAGAGAAUUAUGUCCUGUAUUAUUAUGUGAAGCCCCACACCAGAUACGGACCAUUUUUAAUUGGAAUUUUGACGGGAAUUUACCUGACGACUAAAAAAGAGCAACUUUUAAAGAACAAGUGGCAGGCGGCGCUGGGUUGGUUGUGUUGUCUGUCAAUCUUGGCGGCGUUGAUGGGAUUGGCCUACGCCCUCCAGGGGAUCCCGGCGCAGCCCUCCGUGCCGCAUGCGCUCUACCAGGGGUUACACAGACCAAUGUGGGCUCUGGCUAUCACCUGGAUCAUCCUGGCCUGCGAGGAGGGCUACGGAGGCUUCAUCAAUAGCCUCUUGUCAUUCUCUCUGUGGGUUCCUCUGGCCAACAUCAGUUUCGCUUGCUACCUGAUCCAUCCCGUCUUCAUCCUGGUCUACAUCGGACUACAAGAGACCCCCAUCCACUACACAGAUGUCAACUUUAUGUACUUGUUCCUCGGCCAUCUGGUGCUCACGCUGGGGACGAGCGUGGUCUUAACCGUACUGGUCGAGAAGCCCUACGUUCUCCUCAAGUGGAAUCGUAAAGCCGGGCCAGUGCAACACUGAUGAAAGCCCUUCAUCAACUACCAACCGUGUUCCGCCAGUCCUGUAAGCUUUGAACAAUUAUGUCAUCCCACAAAUAAUCAGAGACGUUUUUUUUUUGGUAUCUUCUCCAUAUUGUGAUGAUUUAAUUUUUAGCAAUUUUUUUUUAAAACGGUUGAUAAUGUCACAGUUCUGACGCAUGUUUUUUGUGGGUAAUACAUAAAUCUAAUAAAUCUUUUUUUUGCAUAAAACUGUGACUUUCUUCUUGUAAUUCGUCACCAUCCUUGACUUCAUCCUUGUAAAAUGGUUGAAACGUUUGUCAUUUUUUGCCUUUUUCUUGUAAAUCCUUUCAUUAUACCCUUAAUAAUGAUUUUAUUCUUGUAACAUGGUGAGCUUUUUUUUUCUAAAAAUAAAA